AUGGCUCUUGCAUCUGUUGGUCAUGCUUCAGAGGCUUUACGUAACGCCAUUCUUGCUGUAUCGGCUUUUCAUAAAUGCGGAGCCACAGCUGCCCUGCCGUUUAAGGCUAAGGCUGUGCGCUCUCUCGCAUCAUCGCUAUCAUACGAAAACGCCAGUGAUGAGGCAGCUUUAAACUCACAGCUGGCUGCAUCGAUGAUGCUUUGUGUUUACAGUGUCUUCGACGAAACAGAGGGAAACUGGCACUCGUAUUUAAACGGCGCCAGGACAAUGUCUCUCCAUAUAAAUGAUACUUUCAAGGGAAAACUAUGCUCUCAGUUUCUUCAUACGUGGUUGACCUACCACGAAGUCCUCGGUGCUUUCAGUCGACCCUCUGAGAUUAUCAAACACAACUCGUCUUCUAUUGAUCUUCUCAAAGAUGACAAUUAUGAUGACUCUAUUGUUAUUGGAUCACUCGGAUGCUCUCUCGGAGUAUUGGACGCAAUUCACAGCCUGAAUAAAAUGCGCUGCACUAUUACCACAGAAACUCUCGAUAUGGCCGAAAUAUUUAAUUUAGAGCGAAAACUGAUAUGCAUGAAGCAGUCCUUGGAUCCGAUAGACAGCCUGAUAGUUCAGAAUGUCAAUACUGAGCAACAUAGCAGGAUAUGGUGUACCGCAGAGCUAUACCGUCUCGCAGCCUUGUUAUAUCACCAACGAGUUUGUGCACUCUAUUUGAAAAGACACGAAGAGAGAACUUCUUAUCUUCAGCAAGCGUUUCAAAUACUAAGCAGCCUCAAAGUCUGCACCAGUCCGUGGCCUUUAUUUGUCAUUGCUUCUGAAGCGGAGAACGACGAUCAAAGAUUGAUAAUCCUUCACACGCUGGACCGCAUGGACGAGGCACGCAAAAUUGGCAAUGUCUUUGUCCUCAGAAAUAUUAUACAAUCAUUCUGGAAGCAAGUCGACUUGGCUGCAGGAUGUGUAAAGGGGAGUAAGGAAUCUAGUCGUCUGAACUGGUGGGAUAUUUUAUUUCUGGAUUCAAAAACUGCAGUCCCAUGGUUUAUUUGA